AGCACAGUGGUUGAAAAAGAAAAACACAAAGAAGCAGACGCAAAGGGGCAACAACAGCAACAAAGCCAAGGAAAGCGCAAUCAAAAUGUCGACAACAGUGGAACAGGCGUCCACCGAUGCGCACACAGCACAGGGUGCUCUGACAGCAACAACAACAACAACAGCAGCAGCAGCAGCAGCAACAGUUGCAGCAACAUCCGCGUCAUCCACAGAAAUUGAGCAACUGCAGCAGGCGCUGCUCGAGAAGCAAACGCAGCUCUACGCUUUGGAGACAGCUUGUUUGCGAGAAACAGAGCGCCAGGUGGAGCUGGAGGACAGUGUGAUUGCGUGGCAGGACAAAUACGAUCGACUGUACGAGUCGCACAAGCGCGUGCAGAAAGUCAAUCAGAGUCUGGAGGAUAAAAUGCUCAAGCUAGUCGAUCGCAACACCAACGAGCGGGCGCAGCUCACCAGCGAUGUGGCCACGCUCAGCGUACGAUUGGCCCAGGCCAACUACAACAUUGCCAAGCUGCAAAGGGAAAUUGAACGCUACAAGGCCGACAUUAGUCUUGCCAUACAAUUGCUGCAGUGCAAACCGGACAGUUUUGUGCCCCAAAAGGUGUCCUCGCUGCCCAUUGACAUACAGUCGAAAGUUUCGGCUUAUAUGCGGCUGGAGACCAACUCCCACUCGGACUCGGAGUGCAGCAAUAGUGGUGUGGGCGUGGCCACCACAGCUUCCUACAAAGUGCUUCCGGUCUCGGACUCGCCCCCGCCAGCGCCCUGCCCCUUUCCGCCCACAGCCAUGGUAUACUCGAUGCGGGGCCUCGGUAAGUACGCCACUAAUGGCAACUCAGCCAAUGCACAGACAACGCCAGCGAAGAACAACAACAACAACAAUAAUAACAACAGCAGCAAUAACAACAACAACAAUUCCAGCAGCACAAAGGACACCAUCAACCACAAUAACAACAACAAGCUCAGCUCGAAAUUUAGCUCCAGCCAAACGCUCAAUGGUCAAACCAAGACCAACAACAGCAACGCUGAUCCAGACAUGAUUUCGCCAACUGUUAUGGCUAAAUUCCUGGAGGAUGAGCUCAAAUUGAACGAUGUUAAGCACUGCGAUACUUGCCAGUGCAGCAAACAGGAUCUAACCGUGCUGGCAGACGUCUCUCGUUCCUAUACGGUGGCCACACAGACGCCACACACUCUGGCCGCUGGCAGCAGCAGCUUGAACGAGCCGCUGACUCAGCUCUGUCUGCGCUGCCACAGCAAUCUGAAUUCGCCUUCGAGGACCAACAGUCCUUACUUGAUGAAGCUGGUCAAGUCCAGUGACUCAGUUAUCUCGGAGACCAAGAGCUCCGUCUCGGACUUGAAUGACAUGGACAAGCUGUUUACGCCGCCCAAAAAGGAUGAUUUAAUGGUCAAUCCCAUAUUGGGGCACCACAGGCUGUGCGAGCGCACAGCUCUGCCGGACUAUGCUGCGGGCAAGAUGAGUGCCUCGACGCUGAUGUAUCCAACCACACAUCUGGGCGCCUAUGCAGCCGAGAAGUAUCUGCUGGAGACGAGCAACCUGGGGCAGCUGCGACAGAGCAGUGGCACAAGUGCCUCUGCCUAUCAGCGACGCUUUCUGGACGGCGGCGGCACAGCUCUGCAGCUGCUCAAUAAGUGUGAAGGCGCCGGCGCAGCUGCCGUUGAUGAACUGGAGGAUGAGGUCAGCAAGCCGCUGCUGGCGGGCAUAUCACAGCCAAAUCUGCUGGAGGCCGAGCAGCCGCCGAGCACACAGCUGGCUAAGCCCGAGGAUGUGUGUGAGCCGCAGCCGGCGAAGCCAGCGACUACAGCAGCAGCAGCCGCAGCAGCCGCAGCAGCCACUGCAGCCACUGCAUCAGCAGCUGCCAGCUCCCAGCUGAAGUCGACUAACUCGGGCAGCGUGCAGAGCCUGUGGAGCAAUAAGACGAGCAGCUGCGAAGGCGCCAAAAUGUUUGAGACCUUCAAUAGGAAUCUCAUCAAGACUAUAAAGGCGGAGAAUCCCAAGUAUCGCGGUCCGCGCCUCUGCGCCAUGCGCAUACAGCAGAAUGGCCAGAGCAACAUAUUGCUGGACAAUCUGGAGUCGAUUGAGACGCAUGUGCCGGUCAUCUACAAGCGGAGAGAGCGUCUGCUGGACGAGGAGCUCAACGAUGGCAAGGACAUCAUCACCUCCAAGGAGAGCAAUGCAGCGGCUGCUGUUGAUGCUUGGCAGGCCUCGGCCAUGCCGCAUGAGAAUGUCGCGCUGCAGCCGGUGCUGGAGCCGCAGGUGGAGCUAAAAGAGACUGAAAAGGGCAGCCAACUGGAGGGCCAGCCAUUGCCAGCAGCGGUUGGCAGUGGCGCAGCUGGCGAUGCUGCCAAUCAAACUGUAACUGCAGCAGCAGCAGCAGCAGCUGCAGCUGGUGCUAGCGCGGCUGCUGCUGGCUCGCCCAAGCACUCGGCCAACUCGAGCUCGCUGAGCGAUGCCAUCGACUAUCAGGAGAGCGUCUUGCUGCGGCGACAGCAACUCAAUCGCGUCGCCGAAUGGGUGCAGCACAACACGCAGCAGCUGGAGCAGCGCGCGCUGCAACAGCCCACGUUGCCCAGCGACUCGAAUUCGGGCACGGAGCGGCAGUCCUCUUACUCCACACUCGAUCGCAUGGACUCCAUAUCCAUAGAGAAGCUGAGCGUGGACUCCGGCUACAAGACAACGCCACAGCAGCUGACCAAUGGCUAUGCGGAUGCGGGCAAGUCCACGGAGGACUCGCUCUCCCCAAAGACGGACAUCACCAGCAACUCGCUGCCCGAGCCGACGACCACAAGUCAGGCGGCAGUUGCGGCUGCCACUGUGGUGACCAAGAAGGCGGAACUCUGCACCACGUACUACAGACGAACCACGCGAUCCGGCUUGCCGGUGGCCUAUACCACGACCAUGAUGACAGCAGCUACGCCGGUCGAUUCGCAGGGCUGCUCCUCGUCCGGUUCGCCGGCGCUGCAGUGCCCCGAACAGCCCACGUGUGAUAUACUCAACUACAAAUACUAUCCCAAUGACACGGACAAGACGCGCUCCGUGCAGGCCGAGCUGCAUACGACCACACAGCACGUGGACAUCGCCCAGAUGGAGUACAAUGUCAAGCAGUUCCUGCUCAAGCAGAACGAGUGGUCGAUGCGAGCCGAGGGCGCAGCAGCUGCUGGCGCGUCUGGUGCACGUCUGCUGCGGCACACGCGCGUCAUGGGCCCCGGUGUGGGUGAACGAGUGCGCAUGGCCACGCCCGGUGGCGCUGUGGCAGCCACGCCCAGCGCCCUGGCCCCGCACAGAACUGAAACGAAUUUAUAAGCCAGCGGAUGGAAGAUCGAUGCAUAGAUGGAUAAACCAAAUUGUAUUCUAGUUUAGCGCCAGAUACUAACCAGAAG